CUGAGUGGCUGCUCUGGAAGCGCCCUUGAUCUCGUUCCCCCAGUACCCCUCCCGUCCCGUUCCAUUUGACGCAGGUUAGACACUGCUGUUCAGGUGAGGGGACUGACACGGCGGAGAGACACAGAGUCUGUCUCCUUGAACCCUGCCGGGCAGGAAACGGAGCCCAGCUCAGAACCCCGCAGAGGGAAGGCGGGAGAGCGAGGCCGCCGCUGAUUGGCCCAAAGUUCUCCGGCGCCGUCCAAUGGGCGGGUAGGGUGUGGCCGGGCUCGGGUACCAGGAGCUGCGCACAUCCCUCGGCUGGGUGACCGGUGGAACCUGCCCGCCGCCGUUCCUGUCGUGGGUCCUGCCCGCCGUUCCCGCCCCCGCCAUGGGCCUGGAGCUCUACCUGGACCUGCUGUCCCAGCCCUGCCGCGCCGUCUACAUCUUCGCCAAGAAGAACCGCAUCCCCUUCGAGCUGCGCACCGUGGACCUGCUCAAAGGCCAGAACCACAGCGAUGACUUUGUCCAGGUGAACCCCCUGAGGAAGGUGCCAGCCCUGAAGGAUGGGGACUUCACCUUGGCUGAGAGUGUGGCCAUCCUGCUGUAUCUGGCCCGCAAGUACGAGGCCCCUGACCACUGGUACCCCCAAGACCUGCAGGCCCGAGCCCGCGUGGACGAGUACCUGUCGUGGCAGCACACGGCCCUCCGGAUGAGCUGCACCCGGGCCAUGUGGCAGAAGAUGAUGUUCCCCGUGUUCCUGGGCCAACGGGUGCCCCCUGAGACACUGGCAAACACUCUGGCCGAGCUGGACCGGUGCCUGCAGCUGCUUGAGGACAAGUUCCUGAAGGACCAGGACUUCCUGGCCGGGCCCCACAUCUCAGUGGCGGACUUGGUGGCCAUCACAGAGCUGAUGCAUCCCGUCAGUGCCGGCUGUGACAUCUUCAAAAGCCGGCCUAAGCUGGCCGCAUGGCGCCAGCGCGUGGAAGCUGCGGUGGGGGAGGACCUCUUCCGAGAGGCCCACGCGGUCCUCAUGAAGGCCAAGGACCUGCCUCCAGCAGACACUGCGGUGAAGGAGAGGCUGAAGCCCUUAGCGCAACUGUUCUUGUAGUGAGUCCCGGCGAGCCUGGCACGGCACUCUAAGAGAUGGCGCUCCCUCCCCUCGGCUGUGGGCCAAAACACGGCUCCCGCUCAGAGUCCGGGCCACAGUGCUCUCCACACGCCAGCCCCGCAUGCCUUCCUCUGUCCGUCCGCUAACUUCACCCUUACCCCUUGCACGCUGACUUCCAUGUGAACUCUGGAAAGAGCUCCAGUAAACACAAAAGUGACCCUGGC